AUGACAUCUCAGCCUCAUCUCCCCAAAUGGACGCAGGGUGGCUUUCAUGGAGACCAAGCCCAGCAGAACCAAGAAUUUCAAGCUAAAAGACAACUAAAGCAUUGUGCGCUCUACCUGGACCAGUGUCCCCGCCAGCCGCUGGUGCCCAUCUACCUGUUGGUCCUGAGCGCCGUGUCCCUCCUCCUCCUCCUCCUGGGCUGCGUCUCCUGCAAGGAGGGGGGCUCCGACUGGCCCAGGGCCCUGGCCCACCACCUGCGCGUCACCUGCCUCCUCUUCCUCUGCGCCUGGUUCAUCGCAGGCAGCGUGUGGGUCUACUCCAUCUACCCGCCGGACUUUGAGGCGAAAGGGCCCCACGGCCGGGCCUUCUGCCAGCGCACGCUCUUCCUCUUUGCCUUCGGGGUGACCACCGCCCUGCACGCCGCCCUGGCCGCCGCCCUGUUCUUCUCCCUCUGCCUCCUGGGCGCCGUCUUCCUCUUUGGGGUCCUCCUGCCCCACGGUGGGCACGGGGACCGGGGCGGGCCAUAGGUGACCCCUACGGAGCAU